CACUUCAUCAGGCGCCUCCCCGAGUUCAAGUUCUGGUAUGCAAUCACAAAAGCUUUUGUUGUAGCUUCUGUGAUGACUUUCUUCUCUGUGUUUGAUGUUCCUGUCUUCUGGCCCAUACUCCUUUGCUACUGGGUUGUUCUCUUCGUCCUUACGAUGAAGCGCCGCAUUGUGCAUAUGAUCAAGUACAAAUAUGUGCCCUUCAGUUUUGGGAAGCAGAAAUAUGGUGGGAAGAAGAGCGGCUCAAGCAGUGGAUCCCCAAGAGACUGAUCCCAGACCUACCCAGUAGGAAGCAUGGCCGGGGAACAAGAUACGGUGGAUGAUGAUGUUCGCUCCUGUUUCUGACUUGGGUUCACGGCUUAAUUCGAUAUCGCGCUCAGAAUGCUUCCUUGUGUGCGUGUAUAGCGUGUUUCACUCUGAUAAAUUAUUUCGUUUAGUUACCCCAUAUCUCAGGAUCUCAGCAAUAAGUGGUACGCGAAACUCUGCCCCACUGGGAGGCGUGCCAGUAGCUUGUCUUUGUACCAAACCGGAGCAGAAUGCCAAACUUUGAACGCCAAACAAAAAUUCAAUUGACUUUACUAUGUCUUGUA